AUGAAGCCGAACACAAGAACAUUGGUGAAUGCUGCAUCAGGAGGGUCCUUAAAAACAAAAACUCCAGAGGAAGCCUUGGAAUUACUAGAGUCUCUAGCCUCUCAGGAGUAUGAUAAUGCUCCAGUACCACAGAGAAGAGCGGGGAUUAUGAAGCUUGAUGGCUAUGAUGCCAUCUUAGCUCAGAAUGAACAGAUUUUACAAAUUAACAAGAAACAACAAGAACAACUAGAUGCUCUCACAAAGCAAUUUACCAGUUCUCAAGUCUCUUCUGUUAAUAAUAUUCAAAUAACUUGUGGUAUUUGUGCAGGUGCUCACGCUACUGAAGAUUGCAAGGCACCCGAAACUGCAGAUGUUAAUGGAAUUUGGCAUGAUCAGAAAGUUCCAUAUAAUCCAGGGAGGAACCAAUACGGCAAUAACCAGAAUCAAGGGUGGAGAAAUAAAAAUCAACAUCCAGGAUUCAGUUAUAGCUCGAAUCAUCAGCUAAAUCCUCCUAUGCCAGCACCACAGCAACCUCCACAACAAUCAGAGUGGGAGAAGGCCUUUGCACAACUAUCCAAAACCACAUCAGACUAUGUUCAAAGUACCAAUGCAUUCAGGGAAGACACUUCAGCCUUUAUGCAAGAAACCAGGGCCUCAUUCAGGAAUCAAGAAGCCUCAAUCCGGAAUCUAGAAACUCAGAUUGGUCAAUUGUCAAGGCAGUUCAACGAAAGAACCCAAGGCACCUUCCCAAGUAAUACAGACGUUAAUCCAAACGCACACUGCAAGGCCAUUACCACUAGAAGUGGCAUUGUAAUUGAACCUGUGAUUAAGCCUUCAGUAGAGAAAAAGAAAGCUGAGGGAUCUGCCAUUGAAGAAGAAAAAGAGAAGGAAGUUGACAAAGAGCCUGCUGCAGAGAAAGCUGUUCCUGAAAAGAAAGAGUUCAAAUGGGAGAAAAAGAAAGCUCAAGAAAGACAAGAAAAGCCAUUGGAGCUCUCACCUUAUGCAAAAAUUCCAUAUCCGCAGAGGUUCAGAGAGGAAAUCAAAAAGCAGCAGUAUUCGAAGUUCCUUGACAUCUUCAAAAAGCUACAAAUCAAUAUUCCAUUUGCUGAAGCCUUGGAGAACAUGCCGAAUUACGCAAAGUUCAUGAAAGAUCUCUUAUCGAAGAAACGUAAACUGAAAGAAUGUGAAACGGUGACGUUGACGGAAGAGUGUAGUGUGAAGCCAGUCAGACAACCACAGAGAAGAUUGAAUCCAACUAUGAAAGAAGUUGUGAGAAAAGAAGUCGUGAAGCUCUUGGAUGCUGGUAUGAUCUAUCCAAUCUCUGAUAGUGCAUGGGUGAGUCCGGUACAAACAGUUCCAAAGAAAGGUGGGAUCACAGUGGUACGUAAUGAAAACAAUGAGUUGAUUCCUACAAGAACUAUUACCGGCUGGAGAAUGUGCGUCGACUACAGGAGACUUAAUGCCGCUACAAGAAAAGAUCAUUUCCCUCUACCAUUCUUAGAUCAAAUGUUGGAGAGGCUAGCGGGACAUUCAUUUUAUUGUUUCCUUGACGGCUAUUCCGGAUACAAUCAGAUAGCGGUUGCUCCAGAAGAUCAAGAGAAGACAGCCUUCACCUGUCCCUACGGUGUGUUUGCCUACAGACGUAUGCCCUUCGGGUUAUGCAAUGCACCCGCCACUUUUCAAAGGUGUAUGCUAUCCAUAUUUUCUGAUAUGAUUGAAAAUUUUAUUGAAAUAUUUAUGGAUGAUUUUUCUGUCUUCGGUUCAUCUUUUGAUGUUUGCCUCACUAACUUAGCUUGUGUUUUGCAGAGAUGCCAAGAGAGUAAUUUAGUACUCAACUGGGAAAAAUGCCACUUUAUGGUAAGAGAUGGAAUAGUCUUAGGCCAUAAAAUCUCAGAGAAGGGGAUUGAAGUUGAUAGAGCAAAGAUCUCACUUAUAGAAAAACUUCCCCCUCCCUCUAAUGUGCGUGGUGUGCGUAGCUUUCUUGGACAUGCAGGUUUCUAUCGGCGUUUCAUCAGAGAUUUCUCAAAGAUAGCCAAACCCCUCUGCAAAUUAUUGGCCAAAGAAGAAGAGUUCAACUUUGACAAUGAUUGUUUGAUUUCUUUUAAUCUUUUGAAAGAAAAAUUGACUACCGCACCUAUUAUCACUUCACCGAAUUUUGAAUUACCUUUUGAAUUAAUGUGUGAUGCUAGUGAUUAUGCUAUAGGUGCAGUCUUAGGUCAAAGAAAAGAUAAACUCUUGCAUGUUAUAUAUUAUGCUAGUAAAAUUCUAAAUGAAGCACAAUUAAAUUACACUACUACUGAGAAAGAAUUACUAGCUGUUAUAUAUGCUUUUGAUAAAUUUAGAACCUAUUUGCUAGGAUCUAAAGUUAUUGUGUAUACUGACCAUGCUGCCUUGAAAUACUUAUUGACUAAACAGGAUGCUAAGCCGAGACUACUUAGGUGGAUGCUUCUACUUCAAGAAUUUGAGAUAGAAAUCAAAGAUAAAAAGGGAGUAGAGAACCGGGUAGCUGAUCAUCUCUCUAGACUUCAAGAGAAAGAACUUCAAGAUAGUUCAGAAUUGAUAAUCCGAGAUGAGUUUCCAGAUGAGCAAGUUCUCUCAGUCAGCACACUGCCAUGGUUUAUGAAUGAGCAAGCUCUUGCACAGCUGGGACAAAUUCCUAAAGAUUUUUCAUGGCAACAACGGAAAAAGUUUCUCCGCGAUGUGAAAAGAUACUUGUGGGAUGAACCAUUCCUAUUCUACACAUGUUCUGACGGAGUCAUUAGAAGAUGCAUCCCUGAAGAAGAAACCAGUGGGCAAGUGGAAAUAUCAAACCGGGAACUAAAGCGUAUCCUUGAGAAAACAGUAGGAAGCUCCCGGAAAGAUUGGGCCCGCAAGCUAGAUGAUGCACUAUGGGCAUACCGGACCGCUUUCAAGACACCCAUUGGCAUGUCUCCGUUUCAAAUGUUGUUCGGGAAAGCUUGUCACUUGCCGGUAGAGAUGGAACACAAGGCUUUGUGGGCUGUCAAGUUCUUAAACUUUGAUACAAAAGCGGCAAGUGAAAAGAGGUUGUUACAACUGGAUGAGUUAGACGAAUUCAGAUUAUCAGCGUAUGAAAGUGCCAGCCUCUACAAAGAGAAAACCAAGAAGUGGCAUGACAGAAAAAUAUUGGGCAGAGACUUCAAGGUUGGACAACAAGUUCUGCUGUUUAAUUCACGGUUGAGACUCUUUCCGGGAAAGCUCAAGUCUAGAUGGUCAGGACCGUUUCUGGUGAAAGAAAUACGUCCUUAUGGUACAGUGGAAAUCAGUCCACUGGAUUCUGACAGAAGCUUCAAGGUGAAUGGGCAGCGAUUGAAGCCAUACCUCGGAGGAGAAAUUGACAGAGGAACGGCUACCGUUGCUCUGGCAGAAACGUAA